CCACUCGUCCAGUCUGUUCUGAGGGCCCCUCAGGCGGCCGUGGACUGCGGCAGAGCGGGCUGCUGCUCAGGUCACCGGGCGGCACCCGACCGGAGCGAGGCUGGCAGCCCUAGCCGGGCUUUCUGUGCAGGGCCCCGGGGCUGGGCAGGAAAAUGAACGCGAGCCAGGGGAGGUUUUAUUUUUAGGGCUACGUCGUCCACACGGGCGGAGGCGACUGAUGGAGUCAAAAGUGGCAGCUGGGAAGGAGAAACUCCACAGUCUUGCGAUGUACACACUGCCUCGUCUGUCCGGCCGUCUGUCUCAGCCCUUUCCGGGGCUGUUGAAGUCACCGGGAUGCUUCCUUUGUUGGGAUUGAUGAUACAGGAAAGCUGCCAUCCUGAAAGCUAGAGCUUUUCAGCCCGCUUGGGAAAUUAUUUUCAAGUUCCUCUUCAGAUUUUAACUUGUAUGCUAAUAACUCGGGACUAAAUAUUGUUAUUGAGAUGCCUUUUUUUGAGCGAGAGAAAGAGACAGAGUGUGUCUAUUGUAUACAGGCUGCCCUUGCACAGCGAUCCUCUUGCCUCUGCCAAGUGCCAGGAUUACAGAUUUAAGCAGUCAAGUGAAAUCAAACUGGGAAAUCAUGGCGGAAGGAGGAUUCGAUCCCUGUGAAUGUGUUUGCUCUCAUGAACACGCGAUGAGAAGGCUGAUCAAUCUGUUGCGGCAGUCCCAGUCCUACUGCACCGACACAGAAUGUCUUCAGGAAUUACCAGGACCCUCCGGUGACAGUGGCAUCAGUAUUACUAUGAUUUUGAUGGCCUGGAUGGUUAUUGCAGUGAUCUUGUUUCUACUGAGACCUCCUAAUCUAAGAGGAUCCAACCUUCCAGGAAAGCCAAGCAGCCCUCAUAAUGGACAGGAUCCGCCAGCUCCUCCUGUGGACUAACUUUGUGAUACGGGAAGCGAAAAUAGCUAUACCUUGCACGACCAAAUGAACAGAGGUGACCAGAGUGAUGAUCUAACCCACUAGAAGAGUUUUCCUUUGGCGUCUGCAACAUGGGAUGGUAUCGUUUCCAUGAGCUUCUAGAAACUUCACUUGCAAACUUAUUUUUGCUUCCUGUGCUAUCACCAUUCCUAUUUACAGUAUGUUUGAGUAAAUGAUUAUAUUAAAAAAAAAAAGUUAUAUGGGGCUUUUUUGGUUGUCCUCAACUUAAACAUUCCACUUACUCUGUUUGUAACUAUGAUCAUUAAUUUUGUGGUGAUUUCUGGCCUGAUUGAAAGAAAUUUGAAAUUUCUGCAUUUUAAUAUUUUAAAUAGUUUUGAUAGAUUUAAAAAAUUGUUUUUCAUAAGGUAUUUAUAAUGUUAUUUGGGAUUAUCUGGGGCUGUACAAAAGAAAAUGAGAACCACAGUUGUAUUUACAUUUACCUUCUAGUUUAUUUGAGGGCAGCAGUUUUCUCUAGUUCUGGUCUGUGGCAGCUCUUAGAAUAUUUUACAAAUUAUAGAUGAAAUCUGUAUUACUCGUUACAGUUGGUUUAUAUGGCUACAGUCAGAGGAGAGCAGUGAAAUGGCUUACUGAUUUUUUUAUUCCCAUUAAAAUGUCUAAUGUUAAGAAUACUUUACAUAAACACGGUUGAUCAGUACGGUAGAUGAUUAACAGUCGGUUAGUAACAUUUGCAAACCACUGUACACUAGCCUUACAUGGCUCAUGAAGAGCGGGGAAAAAUUCAUGAUUUCUACCUUUGCCAGGUCGAAUCUAUUCAGUAAUAACUUAAGCUAUAAUUUAUUUGUAAAAUGAGUGCCUCUCAGGAAGCUUCUUUUCUAAUAUUCCCCUAUUAAAAUGAAACUAUCUUAAUCUUUAUGGGGCCUUUUGGGUUACUGACAUUUGAAUGCCUGUUAUUCACUCUUUUAUUUGAAGAAAAAUUUCAAGUCUUUUGUGCUCCUUAUGACUUAAAUUUGUUAAAUGAAGUCUUAGUUUAUUUCAAGGGAAAAUAAGAAACAAUCAAGAACCUUUUUACCAGCUGGGUGUGGUGGCUCACACCUGUAAUCCCAGCACUCGGGAGGCUGAGGUGGGGGGAUCAUUGCGAGUUUGAGACCAGCUUGGGCUACAAAGUGAGCUCAAGGCCAGCCUGAAUCGCAUAGCGAGACCCCGUCUCAAAAAAGACAAAAAAAAAAAAACCUUUUUACCCCUUAACCCCAUUCCUGCUUGUAAAGGGGUGAAUUGGGGUGGAAAGGAAUAUUAAUGUGAGAUUUUGAGGUAUAUAAAAAAGGAAAAGUGUUCAUUGCUAUGCUCAGUUCAGACAAACCAAAAAAAAAAAAAAAAGGUGAAUAUACAUGGCAUUUUUAAGUGUCUAUAUGACCCAUAUGGUUUGGGAAUUUUUCCCUAGCAAGUGAUUCCAGUUGAUUUAUGGGGACUAGAAGAUAUUUUCCUAUCAAUGUAAGGAUUUUUCCCAUAGGUCACUCUAGCUUUUCUCUGUACAGUGUAGAUCUGAAAGAUUAUUUCUGUGAAUUCAAUAAACUUCUCUGUAUCAUUAUACUGGUUAGUCUGUGAUACAGUUGUGUGACACUUUUAUUUUCCCCGUUGUUAUGACUGUAUUACAGGCCAGAAGCAUUGGAAGGGCAUUAUUUCAUUACAUAAUCCACUACUGACUGCUUGCAUUCUUGCGUGUACAUUUCAUCUUGGCUUUGUGUUCAACUUCCUGAAGUAAUAUAUCCGAGUCUAUAUUACUUGUGCUAAUGAAGAGGUAGCAUCGCACAGGUAAUUUAAAUCAUUGCUUAAGUGAACACCACAGAGUAGAGAGUCCCCCCUUGCUGUGGCCUGCUGGCUGCCUUCCCAGCUCCAGCUGGGAAAGUGUUUAAGCAGAAGGGCUGGAGAGCGUUGUGUGCAGCCAGAUCCCUCCCGCUGCCCAUUUCUUGCCCUUACCUGAUGGAUUCUGACAUUGGUCCAUAUUUCCAAACAGUCUUUCCUGUAACCUGCUACAAAGCCAGUGCCAAGCAGAGAUACUGCUGCGCUCUGAUUUAUAGAAUCUGUAGAUCUACAAGUCACAGAAUUGGCUUUGUGUGAAGAAGUGACUGAAGUAUGAAUACAGAAUAUUUCAAGUGUAGAGACCUGAAAAUUUGGGUUCUUGUUUCUAGUUCUUUAAUUGACAUUACAUCUAAAUAUAUUAACUUCAAAAAAUCAUUGCAAAAUACAGCUUCUCUGGCCCUAAAAUGAAGACACUUCGAAAAUAACACCUUAGGGAAAAAAGAAGUAGAGCUCCAAGAAAACUAGAAAGUGUAGAGAAACUGAAGACAACAGCAUGUGGGAUGCUAGCGCGGCUCCAGAGGAGGUCCUGUCUCCACAAAGCCAGGCCUGCCGGAGGGUCGUGUGCAGCCCCCAGGGGAAACAGCAGGCCGGCUGCAGAAAAGCGCCCAGGAUGUCAGCAGCAGACACAGCCUGGGCUGGCCGAGAGGUCAUUGCCCGCCUGCUGUCCUCGCCAUUUGGGGGCGGGCUCGUGGUUUAAGACAAAGCUACUGUGGGAAUCAGAAGUCACUGAGUGACUACUUCAGGGCUGACUGAGUGAAAGCCAGCCACGAGGCCAGCAGGACUGAUUGCAGAUGCCCUGAGAAGGAUGGCACGGUCCCGCCCUCUGUGGAGAGAAGCUGGGCCAGCAGAGUGGUUUAGGGGGGCAGAGGCUGACAACGCUGACACUGUCCAGGGGUAUUUGGCUGCCUGCCUCAGCACAGCUCAGGGGUUCUUUGCUUAGCCCACCUGUGGACACGGUCAGGGAUUCGCCUUAGCUCGGACAGGUAACAUCCGGGAGCGUAUGGACAAGGAAUCUGGAUCAAGGGAGGCGCCACACCCAAGCCGGAGCCUGUAGAGCUUUGUAUCACACAAGGGCACAGCUCCUGGAGUGGAUGGAGGCCUGAGGGACAGCACCGCGGGCCUGAGCCUGCAUGGCGGGAGAGGAGGCAGGACUCGGCAUUCAUACUCAAGAAGUGGGCAUGCAGACCAGAUAGGCCUCUGCCCGACGCACUCCUCCCGUCCAGAUCUGGUGCAUUUCAGUGCCACAGGCCCUGCGAAGAACCACUUGCCUAGGUACACAAAGGAACUGUAACUUUAACUGGAGUUUUUAAUCCCACUUUUCUUCUUCCUUUUUCAAAUUUUACUUAUUUCAUCCUUCACUCAUUCUCUCCAUUUUUACUAUUACUCUCAAGCCUUAUUAAUUUUUAGCUAUUUGAUUGACUAUGCUACUAUUGCUGAGUUCUUUUCUGUUAUUAAUGGUAGCAUAGUUGUUGCUUUUAAUUGGCUUUAACUGUAUGCCAGUACACAUCUGGUUUGUCUGUGUCGUCAACAUGACUGCCGCUCACUUUCUCCUCUCUUGAGUGUUGCUGAAGGUUGGACUCUAAGAAGACUUUCAAAUAUGCUGAAUAGAUCGAAGAGGAGCAUAAACCCCAAAACAUUCCUAAGGACACGUCACGGGAGAUUGAACCUAACAGCUCCACAGCGGUUUCCUUCAAAACUCCUGGCUCCCCAAAAUCUGAUCUCUGAGACACUGAAGCAGAGGAAGCUGUAGGUGAAGAACUCAAAAACAAAUGGUCUAAAUGUUCAAAGAGAUAAAAGAAGAAACAUAAGCAAAUGCAGAGCAUGUUUAGGGUGCUUAAAGAGGAUUUAAUUAGAGACUUUUACUAAUAAAAUUCAACAAGCUUCAAGAAAAAACCAGCAAUAAACUAAUUGAGUUAAGCAGUAAAAUACAGGCUGGGGAUGUAGCUCAGUGGUUUAAGUGCCUGCCUGGUAAAUGCAAGGUCAUGAGUUCAAUCCCCAGUACCAAAAAAAAAAAGAAGCAGUAAAAUACAGCACAUGAAUGACCACUUUGGAAAAGAAUUAGUAUGACUAGAAAGCAGCACAGAUGAGUGAUAUGAAAAAUCCCAUGGACAGCACAGGUAGCAGACUUGACCAGUGUGUGGACAGUGUGAGGAACAGAAGGCAAAGUGGAUGUAGAACAUCAUAAACUCAGGGACACCCUGGAAAAGACAGGACACCAUGCAAGUUGGGUCCAACAGCUGCUACAUUAUCAAACAAUUAUAGGAAUAAAGGAAAGAUUAGAAAGACGACUCAAAGGAAGAAAAGAUUUACACAGUAAAAUCAUUGAAGAUAUUUUUCCAAAUCUAGUUCAAUAUUCAAGUACAAGAGAUUUUAUAGAACCCAAAUUGCUAUGACCAUGAAAGAACCUUUUCAUAACACAUCAUCAUAGGAAUUCCAGGAACUUUAACAAGAGGAGAGAAUACUAAAAGCUAUUAGAGAAAAACAGCAUGUAUACUACAAAGGCAAGCACAUCAGAAUAACUGCACAUUUCUUAGCACAACUUCAAAGGCCAGGAGAGUUUGAAGCAAAGUUUUCAAACACUUAAGAAAAAAAAAUUGUUAGCCCCAAAUUUCAUAUACUGUAAAAUGAGCCUUUAGGAUUGAUGGAAAAGUAAGGACUUUAUAUGACCACUAUCCUAGCAUUGCAGAACAUAUUUAAGAGAACCUUAGAUUGAUAGGGAGGCUGUAAGCAUCAGGGAACCAGAGGAAAGCAUACAUCUACCUGAGAGAGUAGGUAAAAGGGAAAAAUAAAGCACCAGAAAAAAAGUACAAUGAAUUCAAUAAACAUCUUAGAAUAAUAGCGCAAAGGUCAGUGGUCUCUCAGCUCCCCAGUCCAAAGACACAGACAGGCAGAUUAGAUUUUCAAAAACGCAACCAUAUAGGACUGGGUGUGGUGGCGCACGCCUGUAAUCCCAGCACGCAGGAGAAUUGUUGUGAGUUUGAGACCAGCCUGGGCUACAAACUGAGCUCAAGACUAGCCUAAACUGCAUGGCAAAUCCCUGUUUCAAAAAAACCAAAAAGGAAAAAAAUGCACCCAUAUAUUUAUUACCUGUAGGGGACGUGUAUAGUAAAAGGAAGUAUAUAGAUGGAACAUGAAAGAAUGGAAAAUGAUACGCCAUUCACCCAGAGCCAUGUCAUUUCCACACAUAGCAGACUUCACGCCGGAACUAAUCAGAAGGGACACAGAUGGCUACUACACACUGUUACAGGAAGAGAUAACAGUUGUAAAAUCUAUGCACUGAAUUUUACAACACAACAUUACUGGACAGACAUCAGCACAGUCAUGGGGGUGGGGGUGCUUCAAUACUGCAUUCUCACAAUUCGGUCAUCCAGACAAACAUCAGCAUCAAAGCACACCGCGGCACCAAUGGGCUUAUCGUAUCCACAGUGCCAGCAACAGGAUACACAUUUUUCUCAACAGCACACAGAACUGUUUCCAAAAUAAAACAUCUUAGACCAGAAAGCAUGCUGAAAUAAAUUCAAAACAAUUGAAAUAAUCUGCAUACUAUCAGAUUAUAAUGAAAUGAAGAUAGAAAUCAACAGUAAAAAAGCCACAAAAACUACACAAACAUGGUGAUUAAGCAAUACAUUAUUGAAUAAUCAGUAUAUGGGGACAGAAAUAAAAACUUCCUAGAAUCAAGUGACAAUGGAAGCACAAUGUGCCAAACCAAUGGAGCCCAGUGAAAGCAGUUCUGAGAGGGCAGUUUAUAGCUGUAAACACUCUUAUAAAGAGAGGUGAUCUCGGGCUGGGGAUUGUAGCUCAGUGGCUCAAGUGCCUGCCAGGUAAACAUGAGGUCACGAGUUUGAUCCGUGGUACCAAGAAAAAAGAAAAGUGAUCUUAAACUAAUAACUAACAAUGCAUUUUGAGGUUAGACAAGAACAAUCCAAAUCUAAAAGUAAUAGGAAGGCUGGGGUUUAGUUCAGUGGCAUAAGCACCUGCCUGGCAAAUGAGGUCAUAAAUUCGAUCCCCAAUACCAAAAUUAAUAAGUAAAACUAAUAGAAAAAAAUUAUAAAGACCAGAGCAGAAAUUAAUGAAAUUGAGACUUAUAACACAAUACAAAGGAUCAGUGAAUCAGAGUUGGUUCAUUGAAAGGACAGGAAAAGGAUUUAGGGGUAGAAAAAAUGGGACCAGAGAGGAGAGAAAAGGAAAACAAAAUGGACCAAGACUCAAUAUGUGUAAAGAAAAGGUAUGUCUGAGCCUUUUCUAAUGUACCUUCUAUUACAUCAGCAACAGAAGUUCUUAGUGAGGCUUUUUUUUUUUUUUGCUUGUUUAAUUUUUCUGCAUUGCUUAAAAGAUGGUGUGUGCACAUAAAGUGUUCUUAUUAACCUAACUAGUAAUUUGUGUUCUAUUUAAUUCUUAAAGCUUCUUCAUGUGGUCUUGAGUGCAUUCUUUUUUUUUUUUUUGUCUUUUUAUCGGUACCAGGGAUCGAACUCACAACUGCCUGCUUGCAAGGCAAAUCCCCAGCGCCUUGAGUGCAUUCUUAAAUCAUUACUCAACUCAUAAGCUUUCAUUUGGACUGUCGCUAUCCUGUACUCCUUUUCAAGUUAUCUGGGUAAAAGAAAGAUAAAGCUUACAUUUUUAUCAUAAUGGGUUCUUGAAACAUUCCAGAAAUGCUGGGAUGAGCACUUGCCUAGCAUGUACAAGGCCCUGGGUUCAACAGCUGGUUCCCCGCAAAAAAAGUUUGUCUUUGGACUAUUGAAAGUUAUUUUAUUCAGAAUAAUAAUAGUUUUGUUUUUGUUUUGCUUUCUGUAUGGAAAAGGUGAACAUUGGAACUGUUUCUAGUAAAGUAUUUAGGGGUCAUAUUCAACAAAUGGCAGAGAUUUUUAGGAGUAAUUUUGAGUAGCGCUUAUUCCACAGUUACUUUUGCUGUCUUUGUGGUUUGUGAUGUGACAGUGCUGAUGGAAUUACCAAUAUCUUACGUUUUUGAAGGAACCUUGGAAGUCCCUCACUCUGGAGAAAGUCUGUCACUCAACACAAGUACGAGAUGUGCUGGCAUCGGACUAGUUUAAGACACAAACUAGCAACCUAAAGAAGGAAUAAUGAAGUAGAGUGUUUACAGUGGAUGGUUCAAUCUUGUUGUUGCAGUAGUAGGGUUAGUCUUAUUCUAUUUCUAAGUGAAAAUUCAUAUGUAUUUGUUACCAUGUCUGAUGAUUACUUUGUUAAAAUGCAAAAGUGGCCAUGUGAUGAACUACAUGUAUAAUUGCUGUUUUUAAAUGUUAAAAUCAUGCCAAACAAAUCAUGUCUGUGCCAUCCAGGGUUUAUUGUUAAUCUUUUACUGAGUACUUGGAUUGGGAUAAAGGGCUUGUACUAUGCACUUUUAUUAAUGAAUAAAUAGAAAAUGUUAGUAACA